AGGUUUUUCUGCUUUAGGCUGCAGGCAAGAUGGCAGCUCCCAUGCCGCUGAUAGCUGUUCGCGGAUCAAGAGGAGUGGCAUUUUGUAAAGGACAGCCAGAUUAUUCCGAGCUCAAUGAAUUUCAGAGAGACACCACACGGUCCUGCCGGGUUAUUGCCUUUAGCAAGGAUGGAAAACUUUUUGCUUGGAGUAACGAAGAGAAAGUCCAGGUUGUUGCGCUGCCAUCAUUCGAAAAGGUGCUUGAAGUUCCCAAGCCGAAAACAUUGUACCUUGAUUUCUCACCGAAGGGAAGCAUCUUGUGCACAUGGGAGCAGUACACAGGCUCCAAGGACUCCCAAGAGCAGCCUAACAUGUUUGUCUAUGAUAUCAAGUCUAAAAAGUGCCUUCGAUCCUUCGUGCAGAAGAAACAAAGUUCGUGGCAGCCCCAGUGGUCCAAUGACGAGAGCAUUUGUGCGCGGAGCAUGAACAACGAGGUUCACAUCUAUGAAAACAACAACUUUGAAACAUUCUGCCACAAGAUUCAUCUUCAGAAGCUUGCGGAAUUCAGCCUGGCUCCUGGGGACAAGCCUUUUCACAUCGCUUGCCAUGUCCCUGGCACAAAGGGUCAGCCGUCUUUUGUAAGAGCAUUCAGACAUCCCAACUAUGAAGGUCCAAGUGCGGGAAUUGCAAACAAGAGCUUUUACAAGGCAGAUAAGGUGGACUUCUAUUGGAACAAGAAAGGCACUGGCCUACUGCUGCUCACGAGCACCGAUGUGGACAAGACUGGAGCUUCUUACUAUGGUGACCAGGGGUUACAUUUCCUUCGAACCAAUGGAGACACGGCCAUGGUAAAGCGAGGCAAAGACGGACCAGUAUACAGUGUGGAGUGGAGCCCUGAGUGUGACCACUUUUGUGUUGUCUACGGAUUUAUGCCUGCAAAAGCCACCCUGUUCAACCUCAACUGUGAUCCCGUGUUUGACAUGGGUACGGGUCCGAGGAACAGCAUCUACUACAAUGUCCAGGGAACCCUUCUGAUCCUGGCCGGCUUUGGAAACUUGAGGGGCAAUGUGGAAGUGUGGGACGUGAAAGGUCGCAAACAGGUGUCCAGGAGCCAAGCAUCAGACUCCACUCAACUGUGCUGGAGUGCGGACGGCGAGCACUACCUCACGGCCACAACUGCUCCUCGUCUGAGGGUCGGAAAUGGAUACAAGGUGUGGCAUUACUCAGGCAGCUUACAAUAUGAGAACAUCUGCUGCGAAGGGGAGGAGCUUUGGGAUGUGUUGUGGCAGCCCUGCCCUGCUGAGUCAUUUCCAGCCAAGCCCAUUUCUUACAAGCAAGUCAGUGGCAUACAGUCAUCGCAGCCACAAGCAUCAAAGCAAGUGUACCGGCCACCAGGGGCCAGGGGUCAGCCUUCCUCCUUCAAGGUCAAAGAUGAUGAGAGCUCUUCCGCUAAUAAGGCUGCAGACUCUGCACCCAAAUCUAAGACGGCCAUCAAGAAUCAAAAGAGGAAAGAAGCCAAAAAGGCAAAGAAGGAGAAUGCUCAGCCAGCUGAGGUCACAGAUAAAGCCUCAGCAAUACAGACGGUUGUUGAGAUCAUGGGACAGAACAGUGCUCCACAAGAGACAGAGGAGGUGUCUAAGGAAAAGAAGAUUCGAAACUUGAAAAAGAAACUGGGCCAGAUUGCUACACUAAAAGAAGACGUGCAAGCAGGAAAGAAGCUAGAAGCAAACCAGCUUGAGAAGAUAAAGAGGGAGCAAGAACUCCUGGACGAAUUGGAAGCCUUAGAGCUGCAAUGAUUUUAUAAAAUAAUUGUUAAAACAUGGAUCUAAAUGUGAA